AUGGAAACCCCGAAAAAAGGUAUAAUAAGCAAGGCAUUGUCGUCUAUUUUUGGGCCCACGUCACCUUUGGCCAAUGAACCUACUGUAGACUAUGACAAUACCAUACAGACGUAUCCAAGAUACAAUGAGGACACAAUUAAUACCCAAACACUGCAAAGACCGUAUAGGGGUCAAAAUACAGAAAGAAUAGACAAUUAUGAUAGACAGGACAAACAUGAUUUUUUAGAUAAAAGGGGACGACUGAGUAGAGAUCCACAGUAUAAGGACUUGUUUAGUGACCAUUAUAUAAUUGACUCGCAAGUGCUUGAUGAUUCGGACGAUGAGUUGAAUAGAGACAUUGACUAUAUUUUCAACCGGUAUAAUCACACGAACGACGUUGUGAAUAAUUUGCCUGAAAGAGUGCCCACAAGCUUGCCCACAAACAUAUUGAAUAAAGACACACCAGGUCUGAGGACUGGGACGCAGAAAAGGCUACCUAAUGAUUACCCCGGACGAUAUCCAAGUCCACUGGCCCUGAAGGGGGAAUUAUUCGAACCCAAAUACGUCGGAACUAUUGAUAGAGACAUGAGAAAUUUGGAAAGAGAGAUCAAUUUGGAAAACGACAUCACCACGGCCCAGUUGAACGCAAAAUAUAACAAAUACACCCCAACAUACGCUGAUAGAAUGUACAAGGAAUCCGGUGAUGAUAAUCGAAUGGCCACCAAGAAUGAUAAACGAUUGCGCGAGAUUGUCGAUAGGGUUAGUGACAGAAAUAAGUUUCUUAACGAGUUGAAUGCGUACGUUGACCUAAACGACCAGGUUGAGGUACCCACUGAUAUAAGCGAAAAAUACAAAGCAUUGAGAGAAGAGUAUAUUAAGGAGCUCACUAACUGCCAAAACUUCUACAAGGCAUAUUACAAGUUGGUGUUCAAGUACCGAAAUUUGAAGAAACAAAUUUCGAGGUCGUCAACCACAACCAUUCGAGAAAAAAUCAACCUUAUUAAGUCAACAUCCCAUCAACUGUCAAUACGGAUCAUUUGUGAUAAUUUGUUGACUGAAGUGGACAAGAACGAUAAAACGAUAGCGCAUUACCAGAAUGAGUUGGCAAUAGCCAACUCAAAAAUUAAGCAUUUAGAAGACAGGCUUGCCGAGCAGGGCCCGGCUAGCAAUAGAUAA